AUGGCAAGACUCAAUAUCCUCUCAUCCUUUAUAACAAUUUUGAUAAUUUCUAAUGCAAUUCCUUCACUUUGCAAAUCUCAUCAUCACAAAAAUCACCCUCCACCAACAAUUUCACCUUCACAAAAAGAAGAAAAUGCACAUGAAAAAUACAUAAAUAGUUUACCAAAAAAGUUGAUAGAAUAUUUAGAGAAUUGUACCAAGUAUUUGCCUAAUAAGUGUGGUAUAAAAGUUCUAAAUGCUACACUUCAUGACAAUGAAGAUAUUGACAAGAAAUGUUGUCAUGAUCUUGUUGGAAUGGGAUUAAAGUGUUACAAAACUUUGAUAAAAGUUUAUAUUGGUUUGCCUAAGGUUAAAGAUAAGAUUGAUUCUAAAGUUGUUAAGUCUAAUGUUAGUAAAGUUUUUAAGAGAUGUGUUGCUCUUGACAAGAAGAAGAAUAAGAAGGAGAAGGAGGAGAAUCCUUUUACCUUUUCACCUCCGUUACUACCAUGA